AUGAGGGGUAAUGUGUAUGUGUGGAGUUUGGGUUUUCUGCUUCUGGCAUUAGGAUGGGCACAAGGACAGAGCCAAACCAACUUCUCAAGGCCUAUUUUCCUGUGUGGUGGACAUUUAGUAACAGACUCUGGGUUUGUGGCCAGUGAAGGUUUCCCCAGUCAUUACAAGCCCAACACCAAGUGCACCUGGUACAUCACGGUUCCACAAGGUCAUGUGGUGAUGCUCCAAUUCCGGCUCUUUGACCUGGAGGCGGAUCCGACCUGUCGCUAUGAUUACGUGGACGUGUACAACGGGCAUUCAUACAUGGUGCAGAAGCUGGGGCGUUUCUGUGGAACAUUCCGGCCCGGAGCUCUCAUUUCCACCUCCAACACCAUGAUGUUGGAGAUGGUGACAGACUCCGGCACUGGAGGGCGGGGCUUCCUGGCUUACUUCAGUGGAGGAAAGCCACAUGUUGAAGAGAAUCAGUUUUGUGGAGGCAGGCUGACCAAGGCACAGGGGUCAGUGAAGACACCCAACUGGCCUGACACUGAUUACCCAGCAGGCAUCAGCUGCUCCUGGCACAUCUCCGUGGAAACCAACAUGGUAAUCGAAGUGAAAUUCGAGAAACUGGACUUGGAAGUAGAUAUGUACUGUCGCUAUGACUACGUGGCAUUGUUUAAUGGCGGAGAGACGGAUGAUUCACGGCGUAUUGGGAAAUUCUGCGGAGAUUCUGUACCCGGAGUCAUAAUAACCAAAGGGAACGAGCUGUUGGUUCAGUUUGUGUCUGACCUGAGUGUGACAGGGGCAGGCUUCCUGCUCCAUUACAACAGUAUCCGCCGGGGUUCCCGCAGGCCCACUGCUGGUCUGGACACUGUUCCCGGCCCCGGAGUAAGCACUGUGCCCUCAAAACCGGGCCCAAGGCUGACAAGACCACCCAAACCCACACCCAAACCCAAACUGAAACCAAAACCAACCAAAAAACCUCAGAGUAAACCCACACCAAGGCGCCCUACUGUUAAACCUGUCGCUAAGCCAACACCUAAACCCAAACCAGCCAGACCUGGUCCUAAAGGGAAACCCACCCCAAAACCUCCUGCAAAACCUGUUGCCAGGGUCACCCCCAAACCGCGCACUAAGCCUAUGCCAAAGCCCAAAACCAAAGUCAAGACUACCCCUAAACCUGGUCCAAAGCCUACGGCUAAACCGAAGAUUAAAUCAGUAAAGCCUACACCAAAGACUAAAGCUAAACCCAAACCCGGUCUUAAACCUACAGUUAAACCACAGAGCAAACCUGCUGUAAAACCCACUGCCAAAGCACCCAAAAAACCUAUGGCAACAAACCCACUUUGUAGCCAGCCAUGUAAGAGAACAGGAACUCUCCUGAGUAAUUUCUGUCCAAGUCAGUUUGUGCUAACAGGGAAAGUGACAUCUCUUGUGCCUGGUCCCCGGGGCAGUGCUGAGGUCAGUGUGUCCAUCAUUAAAGCCUAUAAAACAGGAGGACUAAACAUCACAAAGAAAGGGCCUUCCAUGUCUGUGACUCUCACCUCUACCUGCAUCAAGUGUCCCGCCCUGCGGAAAGGGCAGAACUACGUACUGAUGGGUCAGGUGACUGGAGAGGGAGGUGGAGUUCUGAACCCCACCAGCUUCGCCCUCCUGUAUCAGCCAGUUCACAACAAAGUCCUGACCAACCUGGCCAAGAAACCAUGCUAA